CCCGUCCAGGCUGGCCUCCCGCGAUAAGACGUAUUCACGCUCCGGUGCCAAGUGAGAGGAUGUCGAAAGUUUGUAGCAGUUACUCAUCACGCUAGCGAGAGCUAGCCAGGUAGAAAACGGAAGAAAAGUCGGGUUUUCUUUGCUAAUCACACAAUCGGGACCAAAGACGUGUUGUAAUUUUGCACUGUGUGCAACAUUUUCCAAGUUUCUUUAUAACAAAGUUUGCAACAAUGAGCUUCCUCUUCAGCCGCUCGUCGAAGACGUUCAAGCCCAAGAAGAACAUUCCGGAAGGUUCCCACCAGUACGAGCUGCUGAAGCACGCGGAGGCCACGCUGGGCAGCGGGAACCUGCGCCAGGCCGUCAUGCUGCCCGAGGGAGAGGACCUCAACGAGUGGAUCGCUGUCAACACCGUGGACUUCUUCAACCAGAUCAACAUGCUGUACGGCACCAUCACCGAGUUCUGCACCGAGACCAGCUGUGCCGUGAUGUCUGCCGGACCCAGGUAUGAGUACCACUGGGCCGAUGGGACUAACAUUAAGAAGCCCAUUAAGUGCUCUGCUCCUAAGUACAUAGACUACCUGAUGACCUGGGUGCAGGACCAGCUGGAUGACGAGACUCUCUUCCCCUCCAAGAUCGGUGUGCCCUUUCCCAAGAACUUCCUGUCUGUGGCCAAGACCAUCCUGAAGAGGCUGUUCCGGGUCUACGCUCAUAUCUACCACCAGCACUUCGACUCCGUCAUGCAGCUGCAGGAGGAGGCCCACCUCAACACCUCCUUCAAACACUUCAUCUACUUCAUACAGGAGUUUAACUUGAUUGAUAGGCGGGAGCUGGCCCCACUGCAGGAUCUGAUCGAGAAGCUGGGCUCCAAGGAUCGAUAGGAGGAGCCACACUCCACGCUGUCUGUCUAUCUCUAUCUCUGUCUUCCUCCCUCGCUCCCUCCCUCUCUCUCUCUCCCCCCUCUCCCUCUCCUUCUCUCUUUCCCUCCCUCCCUCUCUCUCUCUCUCUCCCCCUCUCCCUCUCCCUCUCUCUUUCCCUCCCUCCCUCCCUCUUUCUCUCUCUCCCAGCCCUCUCUCUGCUGGGUCUUCGGCCCUCGCCCUCCUCCUCCUCCCCCCGAGGUGCCUUAGGUAGACUGUGCGCGGCCCAUCCUGGGGCAUGUGCCUCCGCCGCGGGGAAUAGUCCCUGUCUUUAGUCUGGCCUCACAGCGCCUCUCCCCCCUGCUCCAGAAAAGAGGCGGGAGAGAGAGAUAAACGCUUUUCUUACUGAAACGGUCUAAUGCGGCUUUAAAAGCAUAAAAUGCCUGUGCAUUUGGUAUUUGUUCAAAGUGAAGUGGAUAAUCUUAAGAGCUAGAAGUGAGAUAUCUUUUAAUUCGUCGAGGACCAGUCCAGUUUGAGGGUAAGACUGCUGACCUCAGCAUCUUUGAGAAGACUGCGGUCUUCACAACGCAGUUUCAUAUAAAUGGGUUUUUUUAGGAUUUUUACUCUUGUAUAUCAGAUUAGAUUUUAAUUCUACUAUUCAUUUUUAUUAUUAUUAUUUUUGAAAGAUUUAGUAUGCUGAAGCUGCAUUUUUAAAAACCUUAGGGAAAUGAUGUGUGUUUAUAAAGGGAGAAAUGGUGAAUAUUAGCAGCAGAACGGGUAAAUACUGGGUAAAUACUAAUAUCUGGGGAAAAUAGAAAGUGCUGAUUGGCUCGGUGGGUUUCUUCGUCGUGUCAGAUUCAGUUUAAAUGUUUCUACAUUUUACCAACAUCUAUUUAAAAUUAAAACUAGCUUAUUUAAAUUAAACCAAGUGUCAGGUAUAGUGAUAUGGGGAAAGAUAUAUAGUUUAUUUUCAAUUUUUUACGAGACAUAAAGAUGUUUAAUUUCAAUCGUGUGUAGCACAAACAUGCACAAGAACAAGACUGAAUGUCAGUGUUGCUCGUACACAUUGUAUUUUAGCAGAGCGGCAGUAUCCAAUCAAAUCAUUUUUACGGUUUUACUUCAUUUAAUGCAAAUCUUUCCAAUGCGCUUUCUGGCUACUCUUGAGACAGAAAGGACGUCUGAAACUGAUUUUACUUGAAGAAAAAAAGGCUUCAGUUUGCAUAUUUUUCGACAUUAUUUUUCUUUUUAAUAUUUCAUUUACUAAGCAGGGUAGUUGGCAGUUGUUUGAACUUUUUCAGUUUAAAGUCAAAAUCCUUUUGAAAGUUUGAGUGAAGGUUUAAUCCCAGUUAUCUUGCAAUUUGACCUGUAUUGGGAGGUUGAAUGCUUCCUUAUGCAGGAAUUAACCCUUCUGACACAAAUAUAUUUUUGCUACUCGAUCGUAAAAAAAUUGUAGAUUUCAAAGAAUCUCCACCAGCAAUAUAUUAACCGUUAGCCUGAAUCUACAUGAAUAUUCAGAUUGUGAUUGUGUUCCUUUCUAUGAAUGCAGAGACCUUCAUGUUUCACAACAGUGAAAUACUGUUGUAUAUGCUGUACAUGUAUGAAAAAAGAAAGAAAAUCAAGCCCUUUAAGGAAUCUUCACUCAAAGAUGUUUUUCUGUUUGUGGAGUUUGUGAAUCUGAAUUCAGGGCAGUUUGGCUGCAGUAUGUGUGUUGAAUCUGUAUUCAGGGCAGAUGGGCGACUGUCCUGCAGUACAGAAAGAGAAGGCUGAAGAGAUUGUCUAUUGUUGAGCCAGUGACUGAAAAGGACCUGCAAGUAUUUCAGAGAUUUGAGAUGAGUUUACUGUACCAUGUUCCUGUAUAACUGUACGUUCCAGCAAAGCGGGGGUUAAACUCCGGACAGCCUACAUCCCAGACUGAUCUGCUCUCAUUCCAGCUGUGUGUGGUGGGGUAUUAGAUCAGUGUUUCUCCACCAUGGUCCUGCGGACACACUGUAUGGCCUGCUUUUCACCUGAUCGAGCUGUUCAUUACUGUUAAUGCCAGUCAUCUGCAAGUGAUUAGUGAUGCGUUUGACAGCACAUCAAAUAUCUGCUGUUAGUCCCUGAAAGAAAGGGAACGAGACAUUCUAGCAUCAGCUGGUCUUCAGGCUGGCAAAAUGACUCUCUACCACGCAACGUUUGAUUUGAGACGUUGAGCACAGAUUGAUAUUGAAGCGUGAGCUCUGAUUGGUUGAAAGCUGAAGGCGUCCGUGUGGGCUCAGGACCCGGGUGAGAAACUAUAACCUGGUCUGUUUCCGCUGAUGGGUAUUAAUUAACAUGUUUAUUUUAUCAUGUUUAAAUAGUCUUCAUCAUUUAACAGUCUUGUUUCCGUUCGACAACUUAUUUUGAUUCUAGGUCAUUUCUUCACAUCAGAGAUUUAGAAUUGUACUUUAUGUAAUUCACAUCUAUUCUUUAUAUGGAAGAAUUUAAGAAUAGCUUCUUUUUUUAUGGCGUUUAUGUAUAUUUUAUGUUUUAAAAGUUAAUGCAUCUUUUGGAGGUAUAGUGUUUUCUGGAAUAAGCACAACUACCAUUUCUUUCGGUUUCGUUGUUUAAGUGGAGAAUUUCCCUAGCGUCUUGGGCAGAAUCGUGCCUUAGGGGGACACCGUCCGUGCAGGCUGAAAUGUCCGUGUCCUUCACAGUAGCUUGCCGUAAAAUGAAAUAAAGAGGGAAUGUUUAAUACUCA